AUGUCUUUCUAUCCAGGCCAAGGCUACCACAACCAGGACCAGGGCUAUCCACCACAGCAAUACAACGGAUAUCCUCCACCUCAGCAGUACCCGCCGCCUCAACAGUAUCCUCCAUACAGCGGCCCUUCACCUCAACCGCCCUACAACGGUGGGUACGGUGGCCCUCCACCGUCAAACUACGGCGGCUACCAACAGACACCCCCGCCGCAGCAAGGCUACGGAUAUGGCCAGCCUAAUGGCUAUCAGCAGCCUCCCCCACAGCAGUAUGGCCGACCUCCACCACCGCCUCAGCAAAUGCAGAGCUUCGGCAACGGUGCGCCGAGCGGCUACCAAUUCCAGUACUCGAACUGCACUGGCCGCCGCAAAGCCCUGCUGAUCGGCAUCAACUAUUUCGGCCAAAGAGGACAGCUGCGAGGAUGUAUCAACGACGUGAAGAACAUGUCCACGUACUUGAAUGAGCAUUUCGGGUAUAAGAGAGAGGACAUGGUCAUCUUAACGGACGAUCAGCAGAAUCCAAUGAGUCAGCCCACCAAAGCGAAUAUACUACGCGCUAUGCACUGGCUCGUCAAAGAAGCGCGGCCUAACGACUCGCUGUUCUUCCAUUACUCCGGCCACGGUGGCCAGACUGCCGAUGUAGACGGCGAUGAAGAUGACGGGUACGAUGAGGUCAUCUACCCUGUUGACUUCAGGCAAGCGGGACACAUUCUGGAUGACGAGAUGCACCGCCUAUUGGUCCAACCGCUGCAACCUGGUGUGCGGCUAACAGCAAUCUUUGACUCCUGCCAUUCCGGCUCGGCGCUUGAUCUACCAUACAUCUACUCCACGCAGGGCGUACUUAAGGAACCCAACCUCGCCAAAGAAGCGGGACAGGGUCUUCUCAGCAUCGUUUCGUCGUACGCUCGCGGCGAUAUUGGCGGCAUCUUCUCCACCGCUUCCGGCCUGGUCAAGAAGGCCAUGACUGGCGACGAUGUGCGCGAGCGGAACAUGCGCACCAAGACAUCUCCGGCAGAUGUCAUUAUGUGGAGUGGAAGCAAGGACUCUCAGACAUCAUCCGACGCGAACAUUGCCGGCCAAGCCACAGGCGCCAUGUCCUGGGCCUUCAUCGCCGCCCUUAAGAAGAACCCGCAACAGAGCUACGUCCAGCUCCUCAACAGUAUUCGUGACGAGCUGUCGGGCAAAUACGAACAAAAGCCGCAGUUGAGCUGCAGCCAUCCGCUUGGUAGGCCGCAGACAGCCAUCAAAGUUGAAACGUAA